AUGCUGCAGACCAGGAACUGUUUAUCGAUCUGCCGCACCACGGGACUGGAACUGUCCUCUCGCUUGGACAUGGAGGACAUCUACACAGGCCUCAGGGACACCUGGGGGACAGAGGAGACAUGGUCAGGACAGAGGAGACAGAGGAGACAGAGGAGACAUGGCCAGGACAGAGGAGACAGAGGAGACAUGGUCAGGACAGAGGGGACAGAGGAGACAUGGUCAGGACAGAGGAGACAGAGGAGACAUGGUCAGGACAGAGGAGACAGAGGAGACAGAGGAGACAUGGUCAGGACAGAGGAGACAUGGUCAGGACAGAGGAGACAGAGGAGACAGAGGAGACAUGGUCAGGACAGAGGAGACAGAGGAGACAUGGUCAGGACAGAGGAGACAGAGGAGACAUGGUCAGGACAGAGGAGACAGAGGAGACAGAGGAGACAUGGUCAGGACUAG